AUGUGUUCGAUUGAGAACAAGACACCUUGGUCUCCAUGUUCUCGAUCUAUGGUUUAUCGAUCGAUCUGUAGUUUCCAUAGAUUCGAAGUAGAGCUAGGAAGAGAAGAAUCGUUCGCUGGAGAUGGCGGAGGUGUGUUGCUACUCGACUCGGUGGCGUUGGCGGAGCUUCUACAUAUUGUGGCGAAAUUGAGCGGAGGUGUUUACCCGGAUAACGUCCGGGGCAGCUGGGCAGCUGGUGGUCACUUCCUCAGCCAGCACGUCCCAAUCUGGGUGUUAGGAUUUUGGUGUUUAGAUUAG